AUGUCACUUAAUCCUGAAGCUUUGCAAAAAUUGUUAAUUGAGAUGGAUAACCAACUCAACAAGACAAAGAGUGAUUUGUCUUUAUGUAACUUACAAUUGAGCAGAGUUGAGACCAAUCUCAGUUUGAUCAAAUCCACAUUCUCCUCCCUCAAUAAGUUGUGCAAGCCAGACGAAGUUGUUUACCAGGGUGUUGGAAAAGCGUUUGUGGCCAAGAAUGUCAAGGAAUAUUUGGGAGAAAUCAGCAGAGAUGAGAAGGACUUCUUAGACACCAAGAAGAAUUUGGUGAUCAAGAAAGACUACCUUGAGACCACUUUGGAAAAGACCAUCAGCAGCAUGCAAAAGAUCGUUCAAGGUAAGUAA